UACCUACAGUAAGAGACGCGCCGCUGAGCGCUGCGCAUGCGCUCUUAGCUGAACCGUCGAAAAAUUCCAUACAAACAAACCGUGUUAUUGUGUUCCACCUUAACCAUUAGUGAUACAAAGUGCCAAAGCAUUUAGUGUGCUAAAUUAAUGUACGAAACUAGUUUAUCGAGUGAAAGGACCAGUCUCCAUUUGGUGUCGUGAGUUUAUAUUGUACUGGGCGAUUUAUUGAAGAAAUACAAAUGGAACAAAUAUCGAAGAGUGCUAAUUGGGGAGAAGCAGACCUAUUGGAAUCGACGGCAGAUCCAAGCAUAUCCGUAUCAGAGAUGGAGGAUGAAAUACCCACCUUGACAGUCGCUGCCAUCGUGGGCGUCACCGUGGUGGUGUUGCUGGCCAUCGCAGCGGUCUUCCUGCUCGGUGUCCUUAUUGACUGGCGGCAGCAGCGAAUGUUAGAGAAAAAAAUGGGCGAAGUCAAGAGAAUGAAGCAGCAAAGGCGCGUUAACACGCACCCUGAAAGCGACGACGUUAGCAUAGCGAACCACAUGGAGGAGCCUGGGAUGAGUUUACCACCCGCGGAAAUAUUAAGAAAUGUGCCUUAGUCCACUAUUCUAACAUAUACCUACUUAAAAUUGAAUCAUUUUUAUAUAGCUUAAGUAAAAAAAACCUGAAAGUUAGAUCUGGCAUAUACGCGAAUCGUCUGUUAUUAUUAAUUUAGUAUUGAAAAAUACUGCCAUACUUUGUGUAAAGUUUACAUCACUCUCAAAGUAAGUCAUAAAAUAAUGGUCAUAGUCAUGGAGUCAAGUUUUGUGGUGAAGUGGAAUGACAGUGUUACGUUUAAGAAUAUCAUAGAAUCUUUAUACCUACUAAUGUUAAGUACAUUUGUACUGAUGCAAGAACGGUUCAAAUACGGUAAAAUUAAUUGGUUUUCAGAUAAUUUAUAUUAAAAUUGCAUACUUAAGUAAUAGGUACCCACAUAAUUUCCAGGUGAUAUAAUCUUACAUAGGUUAAUCUAUUUUGAAAACUGUUAAUAUUAUUCUGUUUUUUCUGGUCGAUAAUACCAAUACUUAUUAAUUGUAAAACGCAAUCAUGCAGACUGAUUUAUUUUUCGAUUAUAUGAACUCUGUGGCGUGUAUUUCUAAUGUAUAAAACUUUUACAUCCUGGUUAUAUAUUAUAAUUUAUUAAGAAUUAUUUGUAUAGAUUGUUAUUAAUUUAAAUCAAUGUUGCUGACGUUAUCCGUUAAGUGUGAUAUUUUGAAAACAACUGUAAGAAAAAUAUUAAUUGUAAUUUGUAGGUAUUUUUAUUUAGUGUAAAUUGUAGUUA